AUGCGCCUUUUAAGUGAUCAAAACACAGGAACUCCACGCAUGGCAAACUCAAAGAAGAAGGUCUUUUUCGGGACAUUCAUCUCCAGCAAAGACCCGAAAGAACUCAACUAUCAUCAUGAUAGCAUCGUCUGUGUUGAUGGAGAGGGUAAAAUUAUCAAAGUUGACAAUGAGGGUUGCGACCGAGGUCAACUUGGGCUCAGACUUAGAGAAUUACUGGGCUGGGAACUGAGUGAAGUGGAUGUUCAUAUCGCUAAGCCUGGCGAGUUCUUCUUCCCCGGCUUUGUCGAUUCCCAUGUUCAUGCAUCUCAGUACCCAAAUGUGGGCAUAUUUGGAAAGACAACACUUUUGGACUGGCUGGAAAAGUACACAUUUCCUCUCGAGUCCAGUCUCAAAGACUUGAACAAGGCGCGUCGAGUAUAUGGUUCAUGUGUGCGACGAACGCUAUCUCACGGAACAACAACGGCGGCUUACUAUGCAACAAUCGACGUGGCGGCGACAAAUCUGCUUGCGGAUCUUUGUCUAGAAAUCGGACAAAGAGCCCUCGUAGGCCGUGUGUGCAUGGACAACCCGGACAUGUGCCCCAGCUACUACCGUGAUGAGAGCGUCGAAGAAGGUCUGGAAAAGACAAGGCAGACGAUUCAGCACGUGCAAAAGAUUGAUCCAGGGUUCAAGUUGGUUUCACCUGUGUUGACGCCGCGCUUUGCACCGACUUGCUCGAGCGAGUCGAUGAAGGGGCUGGCAAAGAUUCAGAAGGAGCUAGAUCUUCCUGUGCAGACGCACGUUUCCGAGAACGAAGGGGAGAUUGAACUGGUUGCGGAGCUGUUUCCGGAGUCAGAGUCAUAUACGCAACUUUACGAUGAAUGCGGUCUUUUGACUUCACGGACGAUUCUGGCGCAUGCUGUGCAUUUGACGGACGAGGAGGCCAAGUUAAUAGCAAAGCGAGGAAGCAAGAUCUCGCAUUGUCCAUGCAGCAACAGCUCUCUUACUAGUGGAUCUGCUCGAGUACGCUGGCUUUGGGAUCAGGAUAUCACUGUUGGCCUUGGUACGGAUAUGAGCGGCGGUUACAGCCCUUCUGUUCUCGAAGCAGCACGACAAGCAGCUCUCGUCAGUCGACACGUCGCCAUGGGACUGCAAGAAGAAAAGGAACGGAACAAGUUGACUGUUGAAGAGGUCCUGUAUCUCGCGACUCGUGGUGGCGCACAAGUGGUUGGGCUUGAAGACAGAGUCGGCGGGUUCGAGGAGGGGAUGGAAUGGGAUGCGCAGUUAAUUCGGCUCGGAGGUGUUGAUAUGGAUGGCAUCGCAGAGGAAGAUGGCAACGUCAACAUAUUUGGGUGGGAGACUUGGGAGGAGAAGAUCGCCAAGUGGUUGUUUAACGGAGAUGAUCGAAACGUCAAGCAAGUUUGGGUGAGGGGAAGAAUGGUGCAUGCGAGGAAGUAA